CGGCUGUUGCCCUCAGACGGCGGCACCGCCGCCAUUCCUGCUGCCGUUCAAGCCGCAGGAGCACCAGCGACUGGCAUUUCUCGUAACGUGGGCGAAUUACAGGGAUGGGGCGGUGGUGGAGCGUAAGCCACCUGGGUCCGCGCGCAAGAGCCAGGAGGCAAGCGUUCUCAGCAACUUCCGCGUCACGCUGCUGAAUCUCAAGAGGAGUGGGUGCGUGGUUCCCGCAAACUCCGUAUGGAGUGGGCUUAUUUUCGUCCUCUCCCGCCUUAUCUCACGCGAUUGUUACCUUGAACGAUUUCUAGACAUCAUCGAGGAGGAGAACUUUGUCUCCUGCUCCUGUGGCAUGCCAGUCGCCUUUAUUGCGGCCCUCAUGGCCGGCGCCGUGGUGGCCGCCUUCUUUGAUAAGGAAAAGUACAUGCGGCUGUUGUGCCAAAAGGUGGAGGUGCUGCUGGUGGAUGUCCCCGGUGGGGCCUCGCCGCUGCGGCCGUACAUUUAUUCUCAGCCGGCGAACCACAUGGAGCGCUUUGAGGGGCUGUGGCUGGGAGAAACCCCCUUCUCACCGGCGAGGAAGUUUGAGUCGAGGGUGGAAAUGUUGUACGCGGCCCUGGUGGAGACGGUGCUGCGCAGCGCUGAAACGAUGUGGGGCACCGAGGGCGCCUUUGCCAACGCCUGCGAAUCUGCCAAGGCGCAGCGCUCCCUGCAAGACUGGCUGAGCAUGUGCCGAAACUUCUUUCAAGACCUGCGAGAUCGGGCGGUGGCUGAGCGGCGCCAAAGCACCUUGUCGCGUGCGUCUGCCGAGGCUGAGGCUGAGGCGCCCACAGGGGCGGACACCGCCUGCGCGGAAGAGAUAACCGAGGAGGAUGAGAGCCCCGUCCUGCAGCGCGUGUGUGAGCACAUGUCUCUGCAGCUCCAGCAAGGCGCCGCGCCGUUGCCGGCCAUCUACGCAGCCCUCUACCCAGCAGCAGCGGCCGAGGAGGCGAAGACGGCGGCGGCCGAGGAGGGGAAAACGGUCGCCCAGCGCGGCGUCAGGGACGACUUUGAGUCCGCUCAGGUCCUCUUCGCCGUCAUGGCGAAGCAGGUGUGCGACGGCACCAAGCUGACCUUCUACGGCCUCUACAAGCAGGCGACCAUCGGCGACGUCAACGUGUCCAAGCCGUGGAUGAUGGACCCCGUCGGGCGCGCCAAGUGGGACGCGUGGAGCCGGCUCCGCGGCAUGAGCCCCGAGGAGGCAAUGCGCCGCUACGUCGCGGAGUUCCGCACGCUGCAGGCCUCCGGCACCGGCGGCAGCGCCUGA